UGCUGCUUUUCCUGGACAGGGCCCGCUUGCCCCAGCUCUCAAGUCUGACUUGUGUGUACACUGCGGCCAAGAUGAGGCUGCGGGACCGCAUCAUCACAUUCUUCUUCCCAAAAGGCAUGGUGCUCACCACGGCUGCACUGAUGCUCUUCCUCCUACACCUGGGCGUCUUCAGCAGCGACAUGCACAACUUCUGCAUCACCUACCACUAUGACCUCAUGAGCUUCCACUACACGCUGGUCCUGAUGUUCUCCCAGGUGAUCAGCAUCUGCUGGGCCGCCACGGGGUCACUCUACGCUGAGAUGACAAAAAACAAGUACACCUGCUGCUGUGCCAUGACCAUCCUGGUCCUCAAUGGAGCAAUGUUCUUCAGCCGCCUGUCCUUGGAGUUUCUGGCCAUUCAGUACCGGGAGGAGAACCACUGA